UCUAUUCUCACGCCGCACACUUUCCUCUCUCUGCAUUUGGAAAACAUACAGCGCAAAUACAAACAAUUAUUCGAGGAGGAUAUAUUCUUCGAUUUGAAAAUAUGGAUCCUGAGCUGCUUUAUUUGUUGAUUCUCCAAAACUAACACUUUGAGUUCGUUUUUUCUUUUAUUGUUGUUGUUCCAGAGCUGUCUGAUCGUCCCACAUUUUCAGGGAGGUGUCGAGUCUGCUGAUCUAAAUUUGGAUGUUUACUGCUGACUUUUUCCUGAAAUUCUCAUCCACAUGACUGAGCCAGGGUACGAGCGGAGACGUGGCUCCCCACCUGGGAAGACCUACGGCUAAAGUUUGAAGGGUGCAAAGCUGAUUGUUUCCCCCCAUCCUUCCCUUAUUUGCUGGGAUUUGAAAUCACGCCACAAAUUGCACUAAAUAGCGGAUAUCUUCUCUAUCUCUGCGCACGACGGGGAGUCGCUCCACUUGGAUUUAUAGCGUUCUUGGAUUUCACCCCCAUCUAAACCAUGAGGACCGUCGUUUUUGAUGGGGGGCGACUCCUUUUCCUAGUAAUGUGGCUGAACCUAUUGCCUCAAACUGACAGCUGCCCUGCCAAGUGUGUGUGCUACAGUGAGCCCAGGCCCACUGUUGCUUGCCAACAACAAGGACUGUUUUCCAUUCCUUCAGAGAUUCCUGUACGGAGCCAACGGAUAUUCCUCCAGAGUAACAAGCUGACUGUGGUGAGGUCCACUAGCUUCAGUUCUUGCCACAAUCUUACUGUUCUCUGGCUCUACUCAAAUAACAUAAGCUACAUUGAGGCUGGAGCCUUUUUUGGUUUGGAAAAAUUGGAGGAACUGGACAUUGGCGAUAACAGCAACCUCCGCACCAUUAGCCCAACAGCCUUUAGGGGUUUAACUAAGCUGCACACCCUUCACCUGCACAGGUGUGGCCUGUCAGAGCUCCCUGUUGGGGUUUUCCGAGGAAUGUUCUCUCUCCAGUACCUUUAUCUGCAGGACAAUAACAUUCCCACACUGCAUGAUGACACCUUUGUGGACCUUGCCAACCUCACCUAUCUUUACCUGCACAACAACAAGAUUAAGAUAGUAACUGACAACAUGUUUCGUGGCCUAAUAAAUUUAGACCGGCUUCUACUGCAUCAAAACAGGGUAAUUUUUGUCCAACCCAGUGCUUUUAGUGAUCUCGGUAAAUUAAAAUCCCUGUUUCUGUUCUUCAACAACCUUACUGUCUUGACUGGGGAGACAAUGGACCCCCUGAUUUCUCUCCAGUAUUUGCGCUUAAACGGUAAUCAGUGGAUUUGUGACUGCCGGGCAAGGACCAUAUGGGACUGGUUCAAACGUUUCAAAGGUUCCAGCUCAGAAUUGGAGUGUCAUGUCCCAGAGUUCCUGGCAGGAAAAGACUUGAAACAACUGAAAAGUGAAGAAUUGGAGGGAUGCAUUGAAACAACACAUAUCCAGACAAGUCUUUUCAAUUCCAAGGCACAGGCUGGAAAAUUUUCUUCAACUGAAAGUCCUCUAGGUGACACCAUUCCCAGGUGUUGUCUUGGAGAUAAUGACAAGUCCUCCAUCCUGUCAGGAAAGAGUCGACAGAUCACUAAUAAUGGUCUGAAGGGAAAGGAGAACAUGUCCAAGACCAAUUACAAGCUCCAAGAAAGAACAAAAAAUGAGACCCAGAAUAAGCAGAAUGAUGGGCCACUCGGAACGUUAUCUAACAACCUGGACAAGACAUUGGAAAAUCUAAACCCAGAGUUCAUAGAGAAUCCGGAAUCAUCUACAGCGUCAAACAAAAAGAAAAAGAAGUGUUCCAAAAAACCCAAAUUGGAUGCCCACUGCAGUAAAAGCCAGAGCUCUACUUUGCAAGUGCUGCACUUUCUUAUAAUUCCCAUGAUUUGGAUAUCUUUAGCCAUGUCUUAGGACUCCUGACAACACUCUGCACAAAGGACUAAAGAAUGUUUAUGCUAAUGACAAUGAUACAGAAGAUCCAGUGACACCUACAACAGGCAGUGACUGAAAAACAGGGAGUCAUGUUGACCCAACAUCGCUGGAGACAAACAAUAAGGAAAACAGUACAAUAAAAGAAAUGGAUGCCUUUACAGAACAAUACAGAUCCAAUGUAAAUAUUGAUUUGGUGCCCAAAAUUGUUUGUUCUCUAUGUACUCAACUGUACUGUGUCUAAGCUACACCUGGGAGAAUUCUCCCAUUUUCCCCGUUGAAAGCGUUUAUUUAGACAGAUCGUGACAGAACAAAACAAAGGACUAAAUCAUAGGUGAUUAAAAAAACGUCAUGCAACAAAUCAGAGACACAAUGAAUACCAAGAAUGUUUGGUCUGUUUAAAAAAGAAAAAUAAUUCCCCUCUCAUUAUUUAUUCAAAAUCAUACAUUUGUUGCAAUGUUUUUUUUAUGUUUAUUCAAACAAAUGUUUUGCCUCCCCUGGAUUUUAGUUCUAUAUUUUCAUGAAAGAAAGGAAAUAUGGGGAGCAUUUGUGAAAUGAAUGCCAUGCUUUUAUUCAUUGGAGAUUGCAAUGGAAUCAUAGAUAUGCAUUUAUUUUACUUGUG